GUUCGCAUAUGCGAGAAGCGACACCUAUAUGUCAUCGUGGAUCAUCACGUUACACCGCCAUUCAUCUGUUCAUCGAUUACCGAUUCGACGAUACAACAGACAGCUUGCGUUUCUUGACGUUUCUGGAUUUCCGCCUCUUCCUUCUUCCAUCAACUGACGUCUAUAAAAGGGGCCUCCAAAGCGUAUGCAACCCUCUUUUUUCGUCAUCGAGUGAACCGACAGGUGGAGUACCGAUCAUCAUCGACGAGUGGUUGCCACGAGAGAAUGUGGUCAUCGUAAAAUUAUCUAAGUAAAAGUGAAUUCAAAUCAAUUAAAAUUAAGUUAAAUGGAUUGUAAUUAGUGGAAGUAAGAAUAAAGUUGAACUCAAGUAGUACGUUUAAUAGAAGAAAUAAAGUGGUGAAUAAGUUAACCUCAACUGGACUAUAACUGGACUGUGUGAAGGAAUUAUCUGUGUGGGAAGUGAAGAACCGGAAAUAAAAUUGUGUCUGCAACCGCUGAGCAUUCGACACUGGUCCUUCGACCCGGAUAGCGUGAACUCCGCUAGUCCGCCAGCCCGGAAUCUUCGCCGGACCUACCAGAUCUACGCCCGCCACGUGCCAAGGAGGUUAGCCGGUUGGAAGUUCUAUACAUACAAGGCAUUCGAACUGCCUUGAGCAGGUAAUUAUCUUUCCAACACCUCUAUCCCUUCUCCGUUGAGCUGCGCGGUCUUCCGCCUUCCAGAUUCCUUCGUUUCCUGGACAUUCUCGUCAUCCCACUACGCUACGCGCCCGUCACGUGUCAAGGAGGUUGGCUGUCUAGAACAUUCUAUACAAGGCAUUGAAAUUGCCUUACUAAGAUCCGUUCACUUCCCGGAUUCCUUCACUGUAUCGCCACUAUGUCGUCAACGGAACGACGCAUCAAGGGCCUCAAGACGCGUUUGAAGAGCCUACUAACCUCGUUCAAUCUCAUCAAGACCUUCGUGGAAGACUACCAGGAAGAGCGGGAUUCUCGUCAGGUCUCGGUACGUCUUGAGCACCUAUUGACCCUCUGGAGGGACGUCAACGUAACGCAGGCGGAACUUGAGACGCUGGACGACGAGGGUUUGGACCAAUAUCUGAAGGUCCGCACUGACUUCGAGACCAGCUACUUCCACGUAAAAGGCUUCCUACUGUCCGUUAACAAGUCUGCUGAACCCGCCUCACCAUCUGCCUCUCGCUCACCCGCUCAAAACCCGCCAACUUCGUCCUCGGUACGACUACCCGACGUAAAGCUGCCCGUGUUCUCCGGUCACCUCGAUAGUUGGCUUAACUUUCACGAUCUGUUCGUUUCUCUCGUCCACUCGUCCCAUGAGCUCUCCAAUAUUCAGAAAUUUUACUACCUGCGGUCUUCCCUUUCUGGAGAUGCCCUCAAGCUGAUCCAGACUAUCACAAUCAGCGCCAACAACUAUCAGGUUGCGUGGAACUUGCUAGUUGACCACUACCAGAACCCCGUUCUGUUGAAGCAGUCUUACGUAGACUCACUUUUCGAGUUUCCAUCACUCAAAAGGGAAUCUGCUUCGGAGUUACACUCUCUGGUCGAAAAGUUCGAGGCGAACGUCCGAGUACUCAAACAGUUAGGGGAGAAGACGGAGUUCUGGGACAUACUCCUAAUCCGAAUGCUGAGUAGCAGAUUGGAUCCGACAACCAGACGUGACUGGGAGGAGCACUCGUCGACUAAGGCCAACGUUGCGUUCAACGAUCUGACGUCCUUCAUACAGCGUAGAGUCACCGUACUGCAGACGAUCAACAAGCCAAUCGAAGUUCUGUCCCAGAGUGCCCCCAAGAAGCCCGCUCCUCGCUCCGUCGCCAGCCACGGGGCCAGUCAGCCCAACUAUCGCAAGUGUCUCGUCUGCUCUGACCAUCAUCCCUUGUACCUCUGCGCCGUUUUCUCAAAGAUGACCAUCGAAGACAAGGAGAAGGAUGUCCGACGCCACCAACUGUGUCGCAAUUGCCUCCGUAAAGGCCACCAAGCUCGUGAAUGCCCCUCGUCCAGUACCUGUCGCAAAUGCAGAAGCCGUCAUCAUACUCUACUUUGCCCCGGAGAAGCCCUUCCAGUGUCUGCGAACUCCAGAACCUCGGAAGCUGUCCCACCAAAGGCACCCUCUGUUCCCGUCCUACAGGAGCAACCUAGAAACUCUGCCUCUGCCGUAUCGCCCCCCGUUAGCUGCGCUUCUUCCGGUCUGAAACCGAAAAGCGUUCUUCUGGCCACCGCAGUGGUCAUUCUCGUCGAUGACAGUGGAGUCGAGCAUGCCGCAAGGGCCCUCUUAGACUCCGGCAGUGAGUGUUGCUUUAUGACCGAGUCGCUCGCUCAGCAGUUCAAGGCUAAACGCACCAAGAUCAACGUUCCGAUAACCGGCAUCGGACAGUCCUCGACGCACGCCAGGCACAAGCUUCAAUCGACCAUUCGCUCUCGUGUCAGUGGAUAUUCUACCGCCAUAGAGUUCUUGGUACUGCCGAAGGUCACCGUGAACCUACCAUCCACAUCCGUCGAUGUCUCUUCCUGGGAAAUUCCGGACGGAAUCCAACUCGCAGAUCCGUCGUUCCACGAUACGCAACCCGUUCAGCUCGUAUUGGGAGCGGAAAUCUUUUUCGACCUCUUCAAAGUGCCCGGUCGGAUUCAACUCGGUGAGUCGCAACCAAACCUUGUCAACUCCGUUUUCGGAUGGGUUGUAUCUGGAGGAAUUUCCAACUGCCGACCGACAUCUGUCACGGCCAACGUCGCUACAGUCGCCGAUCUCCAUCGCUUCAUGGAGAAGUUCUGGACAAUCGAAGAAACCAACGAGUCUUCCAACUACUCCGUCGAAGAAGCCGCUUGUGAGGCUCACUUCCGUCGUACCGUUUCUCGCUCACCCGAAGGCCGCUACAUUGUUCGACUUCCGUUAAAAUCAGACGUUCUCGCAACACUCGGUGACAAUCGUCGAUCUGCUCUCCGUCGUUUUCAUCUCAUCGAAAAUCGUCUGUCACGCAACCCGGAACUAGGUGGUCAAUACCGAGAAUUCAUGCGAGACUACGAGGAGUUGGGACACAUGCAGCUGGUCCACGACUAUGAAACGCCACCCUCACCUACCUACCAUCUGCCGCAUCACGCCGUCAUCCGUGAAGACAGCACGACCACCAAGGUGCGUGUGGUCUUCGACGCAUCCUGUCGAACAGCAGAAGGAUCAUCCCUAAAUGACGCGUUAAUGGUAGGACCCAUCGUCCAAGAAGAUCUUCGCUCGAUAAUCAUGCGCUCUAGAACCCAUCCCAUAAUGCUCAUCGCCGACAUAAAGCAAAUGUUUCGACAGAUACGAGUCGAUGAACGAGACACACCACUUCAGCGAAUAGUUUGGCGAUCAUCGUCGGAUGCACCUAUGGGGACCUAUGAACUGAAGACCGUCACAUACGGCACUGCUAGUGCACCCUUCCUGGCAACCAGAGUACUCCAACAACUCUCCGAAGACGAGCAAGACCGAUUUCCGCAAGCCGCUCAAGUUCUGCGCAAGGACUUCUAUGUGGACGAUUUGUUUUCUGGAGGAAAGACUGUAGCGGAAACCAUUGCACUCCGGAAACAACUUGACUCCUUGCUGUCUGCUGGAGGUUUCGAACUACGAAAGUGGGCAUCUAAUGUCGAAGCUGUCCUGGAAGAAGUGCCUCCCGACAACCGAGCUCUCAUGACGUCAGUGGACCUAGAUCGUGACCAAUGCAUCAAGAGUCUGGGACUUCAUUGGGAACCUGCGACCGACCAUCUUCGCUACAAAAUCGACCUACCGACGACCAACGACACCCCAAUCUCAAAGCGGAUAGCUCUUUCCCAAAUAGCGCGCCUUUUCGACCCACUUGGCCUAGUGGGUCCCGUUAUAACAUCGGCAAAACUAUUUAUGCAGGCUCUGUGGACCCUGAAAUCCGACGAUGGAACAAUAUGGGGUUGGGAUGAAGAACUACCACCUUCCUACAGAGACAGUUGGCUCAACUACACUUCACAGCUGUCACUUCUGAACGAACUGCGCAUCGAUCGUUGCAUCCUGUGUUCAAAUCCCACUUCCAUCCAACUCCACUUUUUCUCGGAUGCAUCAGAAAGUGCAUAUGGUGCAUGUUGCUACAUCCGAUCCUCCAAUUCCGUUGACGAAACUAAAACGGCACUGCUGACUGCAAGGUCUAAAGUCGCCCCCUUAAGGCGACAAAGCAUCCCACGUCUCGAACUCUGUGGAGCUUUGCUAGCAGCGGAGUUGUACGAGAAGGUAACGGCAUCCUUGAAACUCACAGCCGAAACAUACUUUUGGGUGGACUCGACGAUCGUCAUUUGUUGGCUCAAAUCUACACCGUCAGCGUGGACCACCUUCGUAGCUAACCGCGUCUCUAAAAUACAGCAUGCUACCCAAAACUGUCCGUGGAAUCAUGUUUCGGGGCAGCAAAACCCAGCGGACCAUAUCUCUCGAGGACUUCCAGCGGAAACUCUGUUAAACGACGAGCUCUGGUGGAAGGGGCCACAAUGGUUGACACUCGAAAAGGAAUUUUGGCCAAUCCAGCACGCGAUGUCCGACCUCGACUUCAACAGCAUCCCCGAAGCAAGAAGACCACCCACAAUUGCAAUUGCAGCCGCCACCGAACCAUCUUUCAUCGACCUCUUUAUCGCCAAGUUCUCCAACUACAACAAAAUGUUACGAGUGACUGCCUACUGUCGCCGUUUCCUCCUCCAUCUGCAGCGCAAUCCAAGACCACCCACCACAAUCAUCACCACCGACGAAAUGCAAGCUGCCGAAGCGGUAGUGAUUCGUCUAGUACAGCAACAACUUUUCGCUGCUGAAUGGAAACAACUGUUACAAUCUCUACCAGUCUCGUCGAAAUCACGAAUUCGUUGCAAACAUCAAAUUCUGCUUCCAUCCGCCCACGCAAUCUCUACCCUGCUCAUCCGCUCUCUGCAUGAAACUCAUUUGCACGCCGCACCGCAACUGCUGCUCAACAUUCUUCGUCUGAGGUAUUGGAUAACCGGGGCCAGAAGCUUGGCCCGAAAGAUCACCCAACACUGCGUCGUUUGCGUCAGAGCCCGUCCGAAACUCGUCCAGCAGUUCAUGGCUGAGCUCCCAGUCGAACGAGUUACAGCGACCCGACCAUUCUCAAUUACUGGGAUCGAUUACUGGGGACCAAUUGCACUCAAACCAAUCCAUCGUCGAGCAGCCCCCGGUAAGGCAUAUGUUGCAGUUUUUGUUUGCUUUACAACGAAAGCUGUGCACCUCGAGUUGGUGGGGGACCUAGGCACCGCCAAGUUCAUCCAAGCCCUACGGCGCUUCGUCGCUCGCCGUGGGCUGUGUGCAGAAAUCUUUAGCGACAACGGAAGAAACUUCAUUGGUGCUGCCAACGAACUACGCCAAAUCAUCAACAGUAAACAGCACCAGAAAUCCAUCGCCGAAGAAUGCGCAUCAACUGGCAUACGUUGGCGAUUCAACCCUCCUAAGGCCUCUCACUUUGGAGGACUGUGGGAGGCCGCGAUCCAAUCCGCUCAAAAACAUUUCCUGCGAACCCUGGGGACCCAAACGUUAGGCAUGGAGGACAUGCAAACACUUCUCUCCCAGAUCGAGAGUUGUUUAAACUCUCGUCCAAUUGUUCCGCUGAGUGAUGACCCAUCAGACUUCGAGCCACUCAGUCCGGGGCAUUUCUUGACCGGUUCGUCCUUAAAGGCAGUUCCGGACAUCGAUGUCACCACUAUACCAACGAAUCGGUUGAAUAGCUAUCAGAAAAUCCAAAGGCUACUGCAGCAGAUUUGGCAAAGAUGGCACACCGAGUACUUAUGCACACUGCAGUCGCGGACCAAAUGGAUCAACCAUCCCGUACCGAUCCAUAGAGGCCAGCUAGUCGUCGUAAAGGAGGACAACACUCCGCCGCUCCAUUGGCCCACUGCGCGGAUUAUUGAUCUGCAUCCAGGGUCCGAUGGUGUCACCCGCGUCGUCACGAUCAAAACAUCUGCUGGAGAAUACAAGCGUCCGGUCUCGAAAAUCUGCAUUCUACCAGUUGCAGUACCCGAUGACAACAAAUCAGAGGAUCAUCAACAAAUGACACCCAGCGAUAUCUCCAGCCAAUCAUAG